AUAUGGGACAUUUCCACAAACAAUAAGCUGGAUGAUUCCACGUUUAGGGUUUUGGAGCUUCUGGACCACUGGUGAUUCUCCCCAACUUGCUGCAAUACGGCAGUUGUUAUUGAGCUUGUCGUGUUCGUUGGAAUCCCUUUCACUGGCAAGGUUUAUGGAUGAGGGCAGCUGCACGAGCCGGCGAGUUCCUGCGCCGGAAGCGCUCUGUUAGCGGUCUCCUCUCCAGCUGCGCCAAACGUUGGGAGUCGUCGGGGAGCGCCUCGUCUGCUGGUGGGGCGGAAAGACUUCAGUCGCACAAUUUGCUUCCCAAUGGUCAGGGAGUUGGUUGUGGCAGGGUUUCGCAUUUUGGAGUUAGUCCAUUUGAGAGGUUUUCAAUGAGGAGCUGCUCUGGUGUCGCUCGGGUUUUAACUGCAGACAUGGAUUCGACAUUAGAAGCUGGCCCGGGGGACUUGGGUGACGGGAUUACAGCGAGUAUGAACUCUACGGAAUCGAAUUUAGAUGUAGAGAAGAAAAACGUCGAUUGUGUUGACAGGGGUACUGGUAGAAUUGCUGCAGAGCAUGUUCAGAAUAAUCCAGCGUCUGAAAGCCCUGAUGUGUCAUCUGCGAGCGGGCGAGAAAAGAUAGAAUUAGCACAAGAGGCCGAGGGCAUGAGGGAACUGGUGGAAGGUGCCGACAUUGAGGAUGUGAAUUCGGCAAAGAGGUUGAAGGUGGAGGCAGCUUUUGCUGUUUUGCCUCAUGCUGCAAGGGCGUGGGAUCAUUGGAACAAGCUUGGCGCGCCCAAGUUGAUGGUGGCUCCUAUGGUGGAUCAGAGUGAGCUUCCGUUCAGAAUGUUGUGUAGGAAGUAUGGAGCCACGGCUGCCUAUUCGCCCAUGUUACAUUCUCGAUUAUUCGCCCAAGAUGCUAAAUACCGGCUUAAAGAGUUCUCUACAUGCCCUGAGGAUCGCCCCCUUUUUAUUCAAUUUUGUGCCAACAAUCCGGACACGUUGUUAGAAGCAGCCAAGUUGGUGCAAGAUGAUUGCGAUUAUGUUGACAUCAAUUUUGGGUGCCCUCAACGCAUAGCCAAGAGAGGCAAUUACGGAGCGUUCCUCAUGGAUGACCUACCUUUAGUCCGAUCUCUGGUUGAGAAACUCUCAUCCGGCUUGACAACUCCUGUUUCCUGCAAAAUUCGAAUGUUCCCAAAGUUGGAAGACACGCUUGCUUACGCUCGCAUGAUAGAGGAGGCAGGUUGCUCCUUACUGGCCGUUCAUGGGCGCACGCGCGAUCAAAAAGACGGUAAAAGUAUUAGAGCUGACUGGGGAGUUAUCAAGGCUGUCAAAUCAGCUCUUCGCAUUCCAGUUGUAGCAAAUGGGAAUAUCCGGUGGCUUGAGGACGUAGACGAAUGCAUAAGGGCGACGGGCGUGGACGGUGUAAUGUCAGCAGAAUCUCUACUCGAGAACCCUGCUCUUUUUGCCGGUUACAGGAUGAAACCUCUCGACUCUUCCGCUGCGGAACCAGACGAUCAUGAUAAAAAGUACUCGCUCAAUGAACCAACACUAGUCCUGGAAUAUUUAGACUUUUGUGACAAGUACCCAGUUCCAGCUCGGAUGAUCCGUGCUCAUGUGCACCGAAUGUUAGGCCCAUGGUUUAGACAAUAUCCACACCUGCGCGAGGAGCUGAACAAGCAAUUUAGUAUUACUACAGAGUGGCUGAAGGGACUAGUUCACAGGCUCCUCGCUGAACACGAAGCGUCGGAGAUAUUGAGGCAGACUGGCGCUUUAGAUCAGGUUCGUGAGAAUGGAGUUGCUCAGCCUAUAAUAAUCGAUGCGUUGUCUGAUUCUUCUGCCUUGCAAACUGCCAAUGCAGUUGUUAGCUGAAGCCAAUUGGGCCCUCUUUCAAUAUCGACUGUGCUGGAUAUGCUUGAUAGCAACGUUUAUGGACAUUCUUUUUAGUAUGUGUAAGCAAUUAAGACUGUCUUUUGCUUGUCCAA